AUGCCAAAAUCGCCAGAUAAAAUCGAAUCCCGAAUCCAGGAGGCCUUAAAAAAGGCUUCAUGUCAAAAAAAGCCAAAUAUCUCUGCGUUGGCGCGAGAAUUCGACGUGCCUCGCAAACGGCUUCACGAACGCUUCAAGGGUCGGCCACCAAGAACCGCCAAAAUCCCGCGCAAUAAGGUAUUAGAUGACCAGCAAGAGAAGGCAAUUAUUCGCUGGAUUCGACAGCUUGAUUCCCUACAUUCGCCGCCUACCCCAAAGAUGAUAGAGUGCUGUGCAAACCAGAUUUUGCAGAGGAAUGUGUUAUCUGUAUCCAAGCCGGCUCCGCGCGUAGGGGAAACCUGGGUAUAUCGGUUUAUUCAGCGCCUUCCUGACGACCUACAUCUUAUCAAACAGAAGCCAAUUGAGAAAGAUCGACUAGGGGCAGAAGAUAUUGGUAUUCUGACACAUUGGUUUGAUCUCUUGGAGCCAUAUAUAGCCCGGAUUCCACCAAAGAAUAUAUAUAACUUUGAUGAAACUGGCUUUCAAUUAGGGCAGGGGAAAUCUCAAAAAGUCGUCACUUCCAACCCUAUACGAGCCUCCCGAGGCAUUGCAACUAGCGAGACAAACGAAUCCUUGACAGCCAUUGAAUGUAUCGCGGCCGAUGGUACUGUCCUUCCUCCAUACUUCAUCUUCAAGGGCGAAUAUCAACUGGAACGUUGGUAUCAACAAAUUCCUGAUUCUGCGGAUACAGACAAAUAUCGAAUUGCUACAGCUUCCAAAGGAUAUACAACAGAUGAGAUUGCAAUGGAUUGGAUCAGGCACUUCCAUCAGCAUACAGAAAAGCGGGUUUCUAAGACUGAUGCAAGACUAUUGCUUAUGGACGGCCACGGAUCCCAUCUCACAUAUAAUUUUCUGAAUUAUUCCAACGCAAGGUCUCCAUCUCCGGUUCUAAAUAUACGCGAUAAAACACCAUCAAUUCAAUCUAUCUCAACCAAUUCUCCUCCCCAGACAGUUCGUACACUGCGACGGAGCAUUCAGAAGCUGGAUAAGUUUGUCAAUGAAAAUCCUAGCCUUGAUCAAAGCUUUACACGCCGUCUUGACCGAGUCUUUCAAAGUGCUAUACAAACAGCUGAAUUGACAGCCCAACUUCAAAGCGAUAUCUCUCAACAUCUAGAGCGUGCACGCGCUCCAAGCUCUCAGAGAUCUCGCAGAAGAAUCCCUACUAUAGGGCCAUUGACAGUUAAAGAUGCAAAUCGUCAGGUUGCUGAACGUGCUGAAGCUGAACGAAAGAAGAUUAUUUCCCGUGUCCGGAAACGCCAACCUUCAAAGCCAAUUCCCACCACUACACAACGGUCGGAUACUGUUGAAAAAUACUCAGGGAGAUAG